AUGGAUAUGACACCUGAUUUAAGUCAUCUAACUGCUGAUGAGAAAAGAAUUAUCGAAGCUGUUAUUAAUCGUGAAAAAGCAGAAGCAAAACGUGAUUCUUUCCAUAAUUCAUCGCCAUGUGAUGAUUAUUCGGCGCCCUCCGUAGCAAUAACAUCUCGUCGUUAUUCUCAAUCGAACGAAUCAGGUGCAUAUUGUCAAAUCUGCCAACGAACAAAAUUUGUCAAUGAACAAUCAUCUCGUCAAUGUUCCAUAUGUCAAAAACGUUUCUGUGUUCGAUGUGGUAUUCGUGUGAAAUCGCAUUAUUAUCUCUGUCAGCAGUGUCGACAAAAGCAAGAACAUUAUUUUUCUUCAACACGGAAUAUUUGCAAGCAAUAUGUUUCGGAUUAUAUUCUGUCUCAAACAUCGGAUUCCAAUGUUUUGAAUACGAUUGCAAUUCAUCCACAACGUGUUCUGCCAAAAUUGGAUACUAAUGAUGAUGCAUCAUCGCCCGAAUCGAUCACAACAGCGGAUAACAAACAGAGACUAUUGCCUGUUGCGAGACAAGAUAUGCGUUCAAUGAAUAUUUUACGAGAUUUUCACCAGUUCAAGCACAAUCUUGAACGUCAUAUCCACCGAUCAGUUUCAAAAGGUUUCUAUAAAUGUCAUUGUUUUUUGUCUUGUCCGAUGACAUAUUGGCGUUUUAAUGAAACACGUACUGAGCAAAUUGGUUGUAUUUAUUUGAAAAAUAAUCUUUCAACUUAUGAACGCGAACAUGGUAAAUUAACCCAAGAUGACAUAUUCAAUGCAUUUGGUUUCAAAGUUCAACUGAAUGACACGAAUCUCGUGGAAAUUACCGAAGUUAUUCCGGGAAGUAUUGCUGAUACUUAUGGACAAUUGCGAAUGGGUGAUCAAAUAAUCGAAUGGAACGGAGACAAACUGAAAAAUGUUCAAUCUAAGAAUGUUAAUCGUGUUCUUUCACAAAUAUCGCUUCAAUCGCCACAAAUUCAUAUGAUUGUCAAACGAUCUCUCAGAACUCCAAUCGCAUUGAAUAAUAAUGAUCAUCUAUUACAGAAUCGAUUUAUGCAAGAAGAUCAAAUCAUACCAUCAAUAAUAGAAACCCGUUCGAUCCAAUUACAGCUUUCAUUUCAAUACAAUGAAAAUUGUUUACAUAUUAUGAUCUAUGGUGCUAGAAAUAUUCCUCUAAAUCAAGGUCUUUUGGCAUGUCAAGUAUCAUUGGAAUCAGAAUAUGAUAUCUCAUCCAAACAAGACAAAUGUACAAAAGGUCAGCCGUGUUCAUCAGGAAGUUGUACAUGGAAUCAACAUAUAAUCUUCUUUGAUCUUGAUACGCUUGAAAACGUGUUGUUAUGGAUUAAACUAAUCAAUCUCGAACAUCGACAAGAAAUUCUCGGAGAAAUGAAAUUUCAGCAGUUAAACUUAAGUAGCAACCCACAGUGGUAUAAAUUAAACAACAUAGCAGAUGGGUCAUCGUGCAAUCGCGCUCAUUUGUCUACAACUGACGUUCUACCGGUAACACAGAGCCGUAAACGACAGUUACCAGAUAUUCCAACAGCACGAUUGGAAGCUAAUCGAGAAAAAGUUUCUCAAGAUCUAUUUCAAAAAGCAGCUGAACUGAAGUUACGUCUUCAUAUGCAGUCGAAGAACGACCGACCGCUUCUGACUCAACACAGUUUUGAUCAAACUGAUUCAAUUUAUAAACAGCUGUACGAAGAUCGUCCGCGUCCAAACGAUGAUACUUCGAGAAAAUCAAUGAUGAACUUAACGUCGAAAGCAACUUCGACGAUGAAUUUGAAGGAGAAAGUACGUAUACCAAUCAUUCGAGAUAAAAGUGUACCGGCGACGAUACCGGUUCGACGAACGACAACAACAACUGCAGCAGGACCAACAACGCCUAGCCGAGUUGACAUGGAAAAAACAAAAACAAAAUCGUUCGAAGAGAAAUAUCGAAAAACAAUCAAAAAACGAUAUCCCUCUGAAACACAAGCAGAUGAUGUCGAUUCUGAUGGAUCGGAAAUGUCAUUUGCAUCACGACAGAGUACUACUAGUGCAGUAUCUACGCAAUCAGAACGACAUCGACAUUUACGAAAGCAAAAUCUACAAAAACGUAGCAACGAACAGUUCUAUCAAAAUGAUGAAGUGCAAUUAAACGAAGAAGAACUUCGACAAAUGGCAAUGCGAACUCAUGACACAUCAACAAAUUCUGCAACUACAACAGAUACCUCAACAGGUAAAACAAUAGCAGCAGCACCAGUGCUGACGACAACAACAACAGCAAAUGUUUCGAAUACAAAAACUGGUAAAGGAGAACAACGUAAUGAUGGUACCUUGUCUGAUUCGGCUCUGAGCACACAAUCUGAAUCGAAUAAAAAACGACAGCCAUCUAUGUCAUCGAAAGCUCUAGUUAUACUUGGCCUAUCGAAAAAAGCCAAUAGUUCAUCCAAUCUUGGUGGUGGUAAACGAUACGGUUUUCAACGAAGUGAAGAAGUUGGUGUUCAACCACAUUUACGUAAUCGAACAUUACAACAACAAACGAGUAAAGAGAAUGAAACGCCAUCGAGUGCUCCACCUACAACAUCAUCCCCUCAGUCACUAUUCAAUUCAGCUACUAAUCAGCAUCAUUCUCUUCCUCCUGACAUGGCCAAAUUAUGGUCCGGUGCCUUAAAAUUACCGCACGAACAUCAGUUUAGUGACUUUAUUGAAGGUUUAGGCAAAGGACAAUUAGUUGGUCGACAAGUUCUUGCUUCGCCUUGUCACGGUGAAAUUCAAAUAGGUCUUCGGAAUCAAAAUGGCAUCCUCGAAGUUGAAAUAGUACGAGCAAGAAAUCUUAUUCAAAAAACCUUCUAUAAAGUGCCUCCAGCGCCGUAUGUGAAAGUGUAUCUACUCGAUGGAAAAACUUGCGUGGAAAAACAACGUACACGAACGACACGUCGAACACUUGAUCCGUUAAUUCAACAGACACUUCUAUUCAAAGAAUAUUUUCGAGAUAAAAUCCUACAAAUUAGCAUCUGGGGUGAUUAUGGUAAAUUCGAUCGCAAGGUAUUUAUGGGUGUUUGUCAAAUCGUUAUACGAUUGUUCAACAAUCAUCCAAAAGAAAAAAUACAGUAUCAUAAAAGAAAUUCUUAUUGA